GGUAAUUCCUGCGUUUGGAGCUGCACUCGUGCGUAGCCUCGUUGUGGUUGUACUCCCUCUCUUCUGUUCGACAUGGCUUCGCUGCUCAAUAAUGGGCUGAGGCCCGUUUUAUCACGCUGGCCGGCCAACUUUCAUAUUCAAAAGGCUGGCUUCUCUUUUAAAAACUCUGGCACAAGAAAGCAAGUAGUUUAUACACUUGUUGGACUAACUGGUUUGGGAGCUGCCACUUAUGCUGUAGCUGUAAAUCAGGCUGUGUUUGCAUCUGGCGCACUGCAUCCUCCAAAGUAUGCCUGGAAACAUCAGGGAAUAUUUGAUGCUUUUGACCAUGCGAGUAUUCGCCGUGGUUACCAGGUUUAUAAACAAGUAUGUGCAGCAUGUCACAGUAUGCGGUAUUUGUGUUACCGUAAUCUCAUAGAUGUUUCCCAUACUGAAGAUGAAGCACGAAUUGAAGCCGAAGAAAUCCAGGUGCUUGAUGGGCCUGAUGAUGAUGGCAAUAUGUUUGAACGCCCUGGAAAAUUAUCAGACAGGUUUCCAAAGCCCUACGCAAAUGAUGAAGCAGCUAGAGCAGCUAACAAUGGAGCACUCCCACCUGACUUGUCUUUAAUCACUUCAGCUAGGGAAGGUGGAGAGGAUUACAUCUUCUCUAUUUUGACUGGUUAUUGUGAUCCUCCAGCUGGAGUUACUCUCCAGGAAGGCACACACUACAAUCCUUAUUUUGCUGGAGGUGCAAUUGGUAUGGCACAAGCUUUAUACAAUGAAAUCAUUGAAUAUGAUGAUGGAACACCAGCUACACAAAGCCAGUUGGCUAUGGAUGUGACUACUUUCUUAAAAUGGGCUGCAGAGCCAGAGCACGAUACUCGUAAAAAGAUGGCUAUGAAGGCUGCUGUUAUAUUUGGCCUUCUGAUUUCUGUGAGUUUCUAUUAUAAACGACAUAAGUGGUCUGUGUUGAAGAGCCGAAAAAUUGCUUUCAAACCUCGGUAAUAAUUGUCUGUUUUAGUUCAAUGAAAACUUUCUCUGUACAAGUAACUACUUUUGGAUAUCUCUCCAAUUUAUGUUACUUGUUUAGUUAACAAAAAGAAACUGAUAAUAAAAUCAAUUUGGUUGGACUUUAACCUACCAUGCAUACUUCAUGUCAGUUAGUUUACAGAAAAUAAAAAAGUCUGCCACAA